AUGACCGCAGCAACCGCCUCCUCGACGACGCUGGACGACCUGUGCUCUGCUUACCUCCCGUUCGACGCCUCCUCCUCAGCAUGGUCGGAUCUCACUCCCACGCCUCAACUCGAAUCCUCCUCGCCAAUGUGCCCCAUCCUCUUUGCACCCGAAUACUCCUCCGCGAUGGACCUCUAUCGAACCCUCACCGUCUCCAACACCGCCCCGCUCUCGGCGAUCGAGCUCUCUCCGCGCGCCCUCGCCCUCACAUCGCACCUGAUCCAACUCAACCCCUCGCACUUCAGCGUCUGGCAGUAUCGCGCCAACAUCAUCCUCCACUCCCCCACGCUCGGCUCCAACCGCGACGAGCUGCUCCGUGCAGAGCUCGGGUGGCUCGACGAGCUAGCGCACAAGAAUAUGAAAUCCUACCAGGUGUGGCAGCAUCGACGGCUUGUAGUCUCCGCUCUUGGAGAUCCGGGGAGGGAACUGGAGUUUGUCAAGGAGAACCUGGCGAGGGAUGCAAAGAACUAUCAUACCUGGGGUUAUCGCCAGUGGGUGCUGGCGCAUUUUGGCGGUCUCUCCCUUCCCUCUUCCGCUGUGGUGGUUGGCAGUCGAGGUGCGGGGGAGUUCCCCCAGUUAUGGGAUGGAGAGGCGGACUAUGUGGACCAGCUGCUCAGCGAGGAUGUACGAAACAAUUCCGCCUGGAACCAUCGCUGGUACAUCCAUUUCGCUCGCUUCGGCCUCACCGGGUCCACCAACCCCGUCAACCUCGACCCGACAACGAUGGAGAAGAUCCAAAAGACGAUCAAGUACGAAAAGGCCUAUGCGAAAGCCUCCCUCGCCGGAUGUCCCAACAAUGCCAGUGCAUGGACGUACCUCCGUGCGCUGCACACGGCCUUGCCCGCAAGCCUGCAGACGAGGUUGGUCGGCGAGUUGGGCUGGGUCAAGACGAUGGUUUCGACGAAUGCCGAGGCGGAGAAGGAUGCGAGUGUGGAUGUGAUGGGCCGAGGACCGGUGGGCGCGUUGGAGUGGUGGUUCGACUGCCUUGCGGAGGACGCCCGGUCCGGAAACGUGGCGAUCGAGGAGGCAGAGAUGCUCGUGAAGCGCCUCAUCGUGGCCGACUCAGUCAGAAAGAGGUUUUGGGCAUACAGACUCAAAUCUCUCCGUCGCACCCUUCAACCACAGCAACACUAA